GCUAUACCAUCUGGUGCUGUGCACGGCCUGUGGCCGACAACACGGUGGCCCAGUACCCGCUGGGGAGAAAAUAGAAAACACUCUGGAGCCGCGGUGUUUCAGGUCUGAACCAUCCGCCGGCUUCGUCAGCACCCGACGCACGAAGCGAUGGAUUUGAAUCUGACGAUGCAGCCACUGUAACAAAAACAAAAUCAGUGUCGCGUACAAAUGAUUUCAAUUAUGAAAAAGAGCGAUCCUUUUUGAAUUUUUAAAGGACUAUUUAAUUAUUAAUAAGCUUCCUCGGCUUCUCUUUGAUCGUUGACUGCUUUAAAACAGGAAUCGCUAAACAAAAAUGAGUGAAGAGAAUAGUAUUUCUUCACAAGUUGAAGAAUAUGAAGAUGACUUUGAGAAAGAUCUUGAUUGGCUAAUCAAUGAAGAAACAAAAAAUAGUGAUGAAGAUCCAGAGGAUUUUGAAGAAGAUGAAAACAUUGAAGCCAAAAUUGAUAAAGAACUAGAUGAUAAUGAAGAAGCAGCAAGAGAAAGCACAGAUGAUGAAAAGCAUUCUGGGAAUGAAGUAGAACAAUCAUGUGAAUUGAAUGAAGAUUCACAUAAUGAUAUGGAAAAGGCUAAUGAAGGGGAAAAUGUUACCACCAUUACUUUUGCUCCCAUAUCAGAGGCAGUCAGUGAAAGCUCAUUCCAAGAAUUAAAGCAGGAGGAACAGCAAGACAAGGAGCAGAAUGAGGAAGUAAAGCGCUACAUAAUGGAAAAGAUUGAACAGGCCAACAAGGAACUGAAGGAUGAAGAUCCUGUGGAUCAAAAUCGAGAGCGCAGAUUGAAGUUCAAAGACAAUUUAGUUGACUUGGUGGUCCCACCUGCAGAGUUUGCUGAAAUAGAAAGAGACAAUGAAGAGAUCACAGGUCCAAAGUCUAUAAACUAUAUUUCAAAUGAUGUUCAAAAAGACAAUGAAGAAGAGGUCAUAGAUAAGAUGUCUCAAAUGCACAUUUCAAAUGAUGCUCAAAAAGAUAAUAAUGAAGAGCUCAUAGAUAAGAUGUCUGAAAUGCACAUUCCAGAUGAUGCUCAUAAAGGUGAUACAGGCAAACAGUGGGAUGAGGAUAAAAACAAGGACAAAGAAGUGUUGAUGGUAAAAGAUGGAAAAUUUGAACUACUGAGUUUACAGGAUUUUGAAAGUCAAGGUACUCUACCUCAGAUUUGUAUUGAUUUCAGUGAAAAUGCAUGGGAACAAUUGGAAAAUUUUAAAGGAAAAAACCUCUCAAGCAUCCAGAACAGUUUAUCUCCCUUCCCAACAGAAAUACUUAAUACACUAAAACCAAAAGAUGAACGAAAAGCUGAAGUAACUUCUUCAUCCAAUGCACAGAAGAAUAGAACUAAAAAGUCAUUAUCUCGAAGAGUGCAAUCUGCAACAGUUUUCUCAAAACAAUCUGCCGAUGUUAUUACCCCAGAACAUAAAGAGCUUAACUGGAGAACUCAACAAAAGAAGAUGCAGUCAAAGACAGAGGCCAGCAAAACUGAUGAAGAAGAGCGGAAGAAAGAGGAGAACAAGAUAGCUUUUGGGAUCUGGCUUCAAAAGAAGAAACAGCAGCACCAAAAAGAAAAGAGAAUUCAAUGUGCAAAGGAAAUAGAAAAAAAGAAUAGUAAGGAAUUUCGAGACCCAAGUGAAGCCUUCAAUCUCUGGCUAAAGAAAAAACGGGAACAACAAAUCAAAGAACAGCAAAUAGAAGCUAUGCGAAAAAGGGAACAAGAUUAUAACUCAAAAAUCUACACAAGAGAAGAUUCUGAAAAAGCCUUUAAACAAUGGCUAAAACGAAAAAAAGCUGAGAAACGUGCUGAGCAGUUGGCUGCCAAGGAGAGAUGCAGGAAGUUUCUAUUAGAAGCUAGAAGAGUAAAAAGGAUGCAAACUCUGUUGUGCUCUCUUAAUGAAUCUAAAUCAUUUCACUUUGACAACUAUGGGUACAGGUUUUAGAAAAUACCGUUCAUCCUAUCUCUCUUUACAUUCAGAAUGCCUCAAAAUAAGUUUCAGAUGAAGCCCAGCAUCCUUUAGUGGGUUUGCAUAUUGCGCUUUCACUAGCAUAGCUUAAGAGAUCGCAACAACUCUGAUUUCUCAGUAUGUUUCUGCAUCAGCAUCAAAACUUGUGAGCACUGCACAAAGCAUGAUUAUGUUGUAAUAAAUUAUUCACAUUGUCUGUAUGCUACUGUUUUUUGUAUUCCAUUUUUCAUAGGUUCAAGUAGGCAUUUGAGUUUGAACUUCUCAGAAAAGUUUCUCAGAGCUAUGAAAUAUAAAUCAAUGAUGUUUCAGAUUUUAGUGAAAUUUUCUAUAUACAACCAGUAAUUUAAAUUCCAUCCACUCAUUCUGAAUUAAAUCUUUUAAAUGCUAUUGUGUUUCAAUGUCCAAGGUUGAGUGUCAAUUAACAUUUGUACCUACAAUGAAAUGCAUAUGUUUCUUUCCCUCUCCCCCACAUCCCUCUAAUCAAACAUACACAUAACAUCCUAUCAACUGAAUAGACAGAUGAUCUGCCUUUUCUCUGGCAAUGCCAGUAUAAGGAACUGGUGAGUGACCAAAAUUGCUUUGUGUUGUGUACCUUGCUGUUUUGCUGUUUAUCAUUUAGGAAUAGCUUAAUUAUUGUGCUCAUAUUAAUCUAACAAAUUAAUAACUUGGCUUGUGAAAUCCAUUCCAUAAGCCUCUAUUUCAAUUUUAAAUUCCCCUUUCCAGCCACAAGCAUUCUGCUUGGGGAUUCCAGUCCUCUGUGCACCUUGGAAUGGAACUCCAUUUUUGCCAAAGUUACAGAAGUGUGAUAGAAAAGUUCCAUGGAACUUCCCAGUGAUAAUUUUCUAAUUACCCUUCUUUAGAAGUACAUAUUAGUAACAAUGCUGUCAUGAAGGUUGCCAGAUAUUUAAGGUUUACUUUAGGUUGACUAUAUUAAACUGAUAAAGUUUAAACAGAAAAUUCCAACAGUAUAUGUCUAAUUAUUUUGAAACAUUAUCCAUUAUAAUUUCUUUUAUACAGAUUUAGACAGACACUAAAGCCAUACAAGAGGGGUAUUCGUAAGAUGGGUAAUUUAUGUUCAAUUUUAAAAAAUUGAGAUGCAAUUAAUAGUUGAAAAAUGUAGAUGCUAACAAUCCAAAAUAAAAACAGAAAAUUCUGUUAGCUCAGUAUUUAGCAAGUCAGAAAGCAUUCUUGGAAAGAAAAACAAAGUUCACAUUAUGUGUGAACAUUAUUCUUUUUCAGAAAUGACAGAAGAAACAAGAAUGUUUUCAGUUGCUGAGAAGGAAAAAAUUGUAGAGAACUGAGGGGAGUGUCUAUGAUAGGGUAUUGACCAAAGUUGUCAAGGUAACAAUAAUUUUAAAAAUCAGCAUUUGGAAACAGAAUGAAAAAUGAAAUAAAUUGAGAUAGCCACAUCUGUGUUUGACAUUCUACAUGAUGAAAUUAGUAAUGUUUGAUUAAGUGUAAUGACAAUUUGUAAUAUAGUGUUCUGGUACUUCUGUAUCUGUAAGCGUACAGAUAUUAUGAAAAAGUUUCUUAACAAUAAAAAUGAACUAUUUACCAAAUGUUUGGAUGUGCACUUU